AGGCGGGAGAAUUUGAAUGUGUUGGAGAGAGUGAGAAAGAAAACAUCUGGCCGAUGGCUGCGUGACCGAGGCGGCAGGAUAGGACCGAGCUGCGUCCGCUGGUUUCUUUUUGCAUUCUUCAAAUGUCUUUGUCGGCCUCAGAAUUGCGGGGUAUUCCACUGCACUAAUUCUGCAUCAAAGCUAUCAACCCAUCCGGCGAUAGCUUCUUCUUUUCUGGUA